CGUUUAGAAGCAAGCAAGCUUCCACUACCAGUUGCCACUUGACUUUCAACGAGAUUGUUCAUUUUAUCAUUUACAAAUACUCAUUUGAAAAUUAUAAAAAAUAUUUAAAUUUUAUUAUUGUGAAAUUAAUAUUCAAUUAGAAAUAUUAUCAACGAUUUUAUUGAUAAAUCAUUUCGUAAUUUUUUGUGGUGAUUUUGAUUUUUUGCUUUUUAAAUCGAAAAAGAAAAGAGGAAGCUUUUUUUCAAGGACUUUUUUAGCGUGGUUGGCGAGUCGCGGAUUACACCCGACUCAUCCGAUCACAGAAAAAAAAAUCAUUAAAACUGGAAGUAACAAUAGGUCACCCGGUGCAGCAGCAACAGCAGCAGCAACAACAACAACAAGAACAAAAUAAUAAUGUCGAGACAACAACAGACAACAGAUCGAAACAUCCCUCAUCUGAGGGACAUCUUUGGUUUCGGCACCAAGUGGGAGACAAAUCGCAAUCACGAAGAGAAAGUUACAGGUCACGACAGUGCUGUAUCAGUGGGAUCGACAUCGGGGGAGGAGGAGAGUCCAAAAAACAACAAGAAGAAGAAAUCACGUCGUCGGGAAAACAACAGCAAAACUCUAACCGAGAACGACGUAAAGCAUUUAGAGCGUCACCUGUCAAUGAAGAAGACUAUUAGAAAAAAAAUAAUGAGAGAUUUACAACAAGCAUUUGUUGAAGAUCCAAAUGAAUUUAGAGUUGAUGAUAUACCACAUGAACAAUUAAAAGCUGAAAUUAAUAUACAAAGUUUAAGUUUUGGUACACCAUCACAAAAACAAGGACGUACUAGAGGAAAUACUGAAAAUACAUUUCUUGAUAUGUUACGUGGUGGUGGUGGUGGUGUUGGUGGUGUUCAAGAAGGUUUCGAAAAAGUUGGACAAGAUGGUGAUCGGGAUUCGGGACAUGGUGGUUCACCUACAAGAGAAACAACAAGUACUCAUGAUAGUGAUGAUGAAAAAAAUUAUUCAUAUGAUUCUCCAACUUCAACAACACCAACUAAAAAAAGUGGUGGCAAUUUUUGGAGACGUUUUACCAUGAAAAAUCGUAAUAAACGAUAAAUUUAUUUAUCACGUAUUCAUCAGGCAAAUGUUACUUAAUAAUAUCAUCAUUAUUAUUGUAGUUUAAUAUUUUUUUUUUUUUUUUUUGAUUCUUGAUAUAUGUUUUUUGAUUUAAAUAAUAUAUGAAACGUAUAGUUCUGGAGGAGAACUUACAACUGUGAUAUACGUUAGUUGACCUUUCCUAACUCCAGUUUUUAUAAUUAAAUUAUUUGUCAUAUUGAAUAUUAUUUUUAAUUCAUCAAUAAUAAACCACAG